AGACAUAUUUCUUUUUCGGGAAACACGUUGAGAAGAGCGUGUGAGCAAUGAGUUCCUUAAAACUUCAAAAGAGGCUGGCAGCCUCUGUUAUGAGAUGUGGUAAGAAGAAAGUAUGGUUGGAUCCUAAUGAAAUCAAUGAGAUUGCCAAUACAAAUUCCAGACAAAAUAUUCGUAAAUUGAUCAAGGAUGGUCUUAUUAUUAAGAAACCUGUAGCGGUACAUUCACGUGCCCGCGUACGUAAGAACACCGAAGCUCGUAGAAAGGGGAGGCACUGCGGUUUUGGUAAAAGGAAAGGUACUGCUAAUGCCCGUACACCCCAAAAGGAAUUAUGGAUCCAGCGCAUGCGCGUUUUGCGUCGAUUAUUAAAAAAAUAUCGGGAAGCGAAAAAGAUUGACAGACAUCUAUACCACUCACUGUACAUGAAGGCUAAGGGUAAUGUAUUCAAGAACAAACGUGUUCUUAUGGAAUACAUUCACAAAAAGAAGGCUGAGAAGGCACGUGCUAAGAUGUUAGCAGAUCAAGCUAAUGCCAGGAGAAUGAAGGUGAAACAAGCUAGAGAAAGACGGGAAGAACGUAUUGCUACAAAGAAGCAAGAAGUGUUGCAGAACUACCAGAGGGAAGAUGAAGCAGCAGCCGCUAAGAAAUAAGUUAUGUUUUAUAAGAUGAC